UUAUUUUUAUUUUCUUCUAUUUUAUGGCGGCUUCGAAAACACGGACACAUUUCACGGUAGGACCAAAUAAACAUGGACGCCUCCCCGCCGUCAGUCGUGUGUGUGCAUAACAUGGAUGGAAGCACGAACCCCGCAGUGGAAACGGACGCGCGCUCGCCCGAGGAGAAGGAUGGCGGACACCCGCGGGGAGCUGGACAAGACACGGACACUUUUAAAAAGCCGGCCCCCUUCGCGGCGCCCUCCCUCGCCGCUAAACGCAGUGGCGUCGCGGCUCCGUCCAAAGCACCAGCGGUCGAGGCGAAACGUGUGAAAGAAAAUAAAGAUGACGAGGUCCGAGACCCCCCGAGAGAGGAGCCUUCCGGUCUUGCCAGUGAAAACAGAACCACGGAAACGGGCCCCGGAGAGGAGGAGGACGGCGACGGCGGUGCGGCUCCUGUUAAGCCCAAGCCGGAGUCUCAACCCAGGGUGUUCUCUGCUCAAGGGCCCCCGGUGGGCAAGUUCCCCCCGAUCCCAUACACGGAGCCGCCAUGGGGUGGCAAUGCCCCGGAUGUCCCCUAUGCUCUGGAAAUCAUUAAAAACGGCACCAUCGUGGACACGGUGCCCCUCGCGCACAAGAGCUACUUCGUGGUCGGACGUUUACCCGUGUGUGACGUCGCUCUGGAGCAUCCGUCCAUCUCCAGGUACCACGCCACCAUCCAGUACCGCAGGCAGGCCGGAGAGGGCGAGUCCGUCGGGGAGGAGAGAGGCUUUUACGUGCACGACCUGGGCAGCACGCACGGCACCGUGGUGAACAAGAAGAAGGUCCCCCCGAACACCUUCAUUCGGAUCCGUGUGGGUCACGUCUUGAAGUUUGGCGGCAGCACGAGGCUUUUUAUCCUGCAGGGUCCAGAGUUUGACGAGGAAGAGGAGUCCGAGCUGACGGUGACGGAGCUGAGGGAGAAAACCCGGAAACAGAAGGCAGAGCUGGAGAAGAGGAUGAUGGGAGAUUGGUCUGAUAACGACGAUGAUGAUGAUGGUGGUGGUGAUAAGGAGAAGGAGGAGAAGGAGGGAGAGAGACAAGGCAGCAAGGGCCAGAGCAAAGAGUCAAACGAGGGAUCGGGCUGCUCGUGGGGAAUGGAUGAGGAGACCGCCCCGGAGGAGGACGAGAACGAGGAAAACCCUUUCUCAACGGAGUUCCAAGAGGACCAGGAAGCCGCCUACCUGAAAAACCCAAAGAAGGCUUUGCAGGGCUUCUACGACAGGGAGGGAGAGGAGCUGGAGUUUGAGUACGAAGACCAGAGCCACGGCACCUGGCUCUGCAGGAUAAAGCUUCCGGUGGACGACGCCGCAGGCCGGCAGCUGGUCGCCGAGGCGACCCACACGGGGAAGAAGAAGGACACUGCCGUCCAGUGCUGCCUGGAGGCGUGUCGAAUGCUGGAAGCCCGAGGGCUGCUGCGCCAGGAAGCAGUGUCCCGCAAGCGCAAGCAGAAGAACUGGGAAGACGAGGACUACUACGACAGCGACGACGACACCUUCCUGGAUCGAACCGGCACCGUGGAGAGGAAGAGGACGGAGAGAAUGAAAAAGGCGGGGAAGGUCGACGAGCGGCCCGAGACCUACGAGUCACUGGUGGCCAAACUGUCGGCGGUGGAGUCGGAGUUGGCCGAGUCUCAGAAAAAGCUCAGCGGCGGUCGCGGAGGCUUCUCCGGCUCCUCCGCCGAGGACCCGCUGGACGUCUUCAUGACGGCGGUGCAGAGCGAGGUGGCGAUGGACGCCGUGGAGCGCAGGAAGCUUCACGUGCACGUGGCCAGCCUGCGCAAGGAUGUGCAGAGUCUGCGCAAGUUGGUGGAGCUCACGCGGCCCGCCCGGAUGCCCUCGCUGCUGCCGAGUGGCAGCUCGGAGGCAGAGAAGCCCAAAAAGUCCUUACCGCUGUUUGGAGCCAUGAAGGGGGGAAGCAAAUUCAAGCUGAAGACCGGCACCAUCGGGAAGUUGCCGGCGAAGCGCCCCGACUUGCCCGCCGAGCUCUUCAACAUGAAAGAACUUGUGCCCAGUGGAAAAGAGGAUGACGAGGAGGAAGAAGAAGAGAAGGCAGCAGCAGAAGAAAAUGAGGAUGAUGAUAAAGAUUGUGUAAUCACUCCUGAGACGGACUGUGAGGCGUCCGGAGCGUCCGUGGAGAUGCCUCCGCCUGGACGCCAGAGACCAGCGCGGCAACCGGUGCGCUCACGAGAGCCAAAAGAGCCAAGCCUCCAGCGGGGGGGAGGAGAGUCUGCUGAAGCUCUGCAGCAGGACCCCCGGCUCAAGGACGUGGCCUCGUCCAGUCCAGAGUCCAAAGCGGAAGUUGAUGGAGGACUAGCAGCGAAGCCCCGGCCCAGAAAGAAUUUGAAGAAAGCGAUGGGCCCCAGCAAGCCGCCACGACAACUCUCGGAAAAGUAUCCAGAGGACGAUCCCGACUAUUGCGUCUGGGUUCCCCCGACAGAUCAGAGUGGAGAUGGACGCACACACCUGAACGACAAGUACGGCUACUGAGCGAGACCAAGCGAAGAGAGAGAGAGAGAGAGUGUCCACUUCACCAGCUUCUCAUACCUGCAACACAAAAACCUCCUCAGCGCUGACCACUACCCCUCUCUGCCCGUCCCGAGGUGUGCUUCAGCCUCAGAGAUGAGGAGCCUGUAACAGACCAGACAUCGUAGCGCUGCACCUUUUCAUCAGCAGCUUUUUUUUCAAAAGGGGGGGUGGGGGGUUGCAUUCUCGGAAAACCAAAAUUCAAAUUAAUCUGGCGGCUCAGGGAGAAGACAGCCGGCAGUUUUUACCCACGACAACAGCAAUAGAGAUGGGUUGCUCUUUAAUUGUGUCCCCUUUAAAAAAAAUAGAAUGUUUUAAUAAUAAUUUAAAUUUUUUAAUCAUCCAAGCAAAGACAUGGGAACGGGAUGGAGCAGUAACUGAUCUGAAAUCAGCUUUCUGGUGUCUGUCUGCUCCUGCUGCUGUUUAAUCCACCUGACAUCCAACACGCAUGCCUCCUCUUUGGCUUCAGUUGGUCACUGCCACAACGUGUGUGUGUGUGUGUGUAUGUGUGUGUCAGAGAGGGAGAAAGAGAGCGUUGAAGCAGCUUUUCUGACCAUCUGGACACUUGGAUGGCUUACUGGAUGAAACGCAAGCUGAUAAUGACUCAAGCUAAGUGGAGUGUGUGUGUUUACACACACACACACACAGCCCAACCUUCUCAAAGUUCUCUUUUUAACGAGAUUGUCUUCACGAGUGAGUCAGCUGUUGGGGUGUCUGCCUAGAGCAGGAUUCCUCGCUCUGUGAGAUCCCACUCAGUGCUGUUCUGUUUGGUGUCCUGCCACCGUCUCUCUCUCUCUCUCUCUCUCUCCCUCUUGUCGGGGGAAGGUAAAUAAACUGUAUUUUGUUAUAUAAGUGUAAAAUAAAAAUUGUCUGUACAAAAUC